AUGUCUGAUCCUUCAUCAAAGCCACCAUCCAUUCCCUCGUGGCAGCAGCAGUCAGGGUCUGCUCCGACCGACCAGUCUCCCUCGUCACCGCCGAACUCCGACGAUGCGCCUGCUUCCGCCUCACGACAAGACCUUCUUGACCAAGCGUCCAAGUUUUUAGAAGACGAAUCGAUUCGUGAUGCAUCAACAGAUCGCAAGGUCUCCUUCCUUGAGUCAAAAGGCUUGACCUCCGACGAGAUCCAACAACUCCUCGGCGUCUCCCGAAACCCAGAGGCGAGCAGCGCCGAGUCGACCGCGGCCGAACCCAAGGCGCAAGAGACAUCUUCAUCCCCCUCGUCUUCAGGUCAGUCUGAAGUGACUCCUUCUUCUCCUGUCACUUUGUCUACCUCACCCUCUUCCUCCACCAUGUCGCAGCCACGCUCGACCCCCGCUACCUCCACAACAUCCUUCACGGCAGCACGCGAUGUGCCCCCAAUCAUCACCUACCCCGAGUUUCUCUUCCAACCAGCCAAGCCACCUCCACUGGUGACAAUGAGUCGGAUUUUAUACACAAUCUAUGGUGCCGCAGGCCUCGGUGCCAGUAUCUACGGCGCAAGCGAAUACCUUGUCAAACCAAUGCUGGCAAAUCUCACAAGCGCACGCCUCGAUCUCGCCAAUACCGCGAAGGUGAAUCUGCAAAAGCUAAACGAGAAGCUCGAACAGAAUGUAUCCGUUAUUCCCGCCCAUCUCACGGUACGCAAGAAAGGCGAGGACGGAGCCGAGGACUCGAGCGACAGCGAUUCCAUCAUCUCAGACCCGACAGAGCUCUUCCACCGAGAUAUUGGUACCCAAACCACUCCCGACGUCUCGACAACCUCGCGAUCUUCGUCUUCAAAGGACCCUGCCGAGACGGCUGCAGAUGCGCCUUCUAUCGCAGUCAACAAGCACCUGAACCGCCUUGAAUCCAUCCAAUCCUCCUUGAAAGAAGUUUCCGGAUUUGAGAAGGAUUCUAUUACCCUGGAUGACUCGAUGCGUACUCGUCUGACAGAUCUCCAUCAUUAUUUGGACGGGCUGAUAUACGCUGCACCGACCUACACUGCGACCGCAGGAUACGGUGGUCUGUAUUCUGGAACCACCACUACAUCAGAUAGCUCCUCUGGUGUGCGUAAGUCCGAGGAGGAUGCUAUCGCAGCCUUUAAAGCGGAGAUCCGAGGCGUGAAAGGUGCGCUUUUGAGCGCUAGGAAUUUCCCGGCCAGUCGGGGCGGUAGAAUGGCUGGGAGGUGA